CCGAACAGUACGGACGUGAGAGUGUUGUUAGCUCGUGCAGUGUAUUUAAAUAUUCUCUAAAGCACGAUUUAUAAUUGUGUUUUUGUGUUUCCUUUAUUAAAAAAACUGAAAAAAGUAUAAUAAAAUAAUGGCCGAUCAGGAGAACAAGGACUUCAGCGAAGAUAUCGCCGAUCAAAACUUCGAGCAGAACGGUGAAGCGGAGAACGGCGGCGGGGACGCCGCAGAAAAUGGCCAAGAGUCGCAGGAGGACAGGUCAAGCGGAAGUAACCAGGAUUCGUUGAAUGAUAGAAAAUUGUUUGUUGGUGGGUUAAGCUGGGAAACUACAGAUAAGGAAUUACGAGACCACUUUGGCACGUAUGGUGAUAUUGAGAGCAUUAAUGUGAAAACGGAUCCUAACACAGGACGAUCGCGAGGGUUUGCUUUCAUUGUUUUUGCAAAAGCUGAAUCUCUAGACAAGAUUAUGGCAGCUGGCGACCACGUAAUCAAUAACAAGAAAGUCGAUCCCAAAAAAGCGAAAGCUAGGCACGGUAAAAUCUUCGUUGGCGGUCUUUCGACAGAAUUAUCAGACGACGAUAUCAAGAAUUUCUUCUCCCAAUUUGGAACUAUCGUCGAAGUAGAAAUGCCAUUCGACAAGACAAAGAAUCAACGGAAAGGGUUCUGCUUCAUUACUUUUGAAUCCGAGCAAGUGGUAAAUGAAUUGUUGAAGACUCCUAAGCAAACGAUCAAUGGUAAAGAGGUCGACGUGAAAAAAGCUACACCUAAACCAGAUGGUAUGGGAGGAAUGCGGGGCGGUGCUGGUGGACGAGGAGGUCGCGGAGGAAGAGGUGGACGAGGACGCGGAUUCGGCGGUCAAGGUGGAUGGGGACAAGGUGGAUACGGAGGUGGAUACGGCGGCGGUUACGGUCAAGGCGGCUAUGGCGGUGGCUAUGAUGGCUACGGAGGAGGCUACGAUUAUUACGGCGGUGGGUACGGCGGCUAUGGUGGUUACGACUACAGUGGAUACGAUACCGCACAAGCUAGAAAUAUAGUUCGUAAAUAUGAGCAUAGAUGAGUUGCGAUACAGAACUUUCAGUUCGGAGAAUCCAAACGUUUGAACGUAGUAUCCGAUUAUAUAAAAUCUAUCCUGAAACAAGUGUCAAGUAUAUAAUACAUAUAUGUGGCAAGAAACAUACAAUAAAACUUUUAAAAAUUAUUAUCUGACUCAAGGUUCCUGUUGCCUGCGUCCCUAAUGAUUGCUUUGAGUAAAACUCGUAUUACGUAUAAUUUUAAUUAUUAUUAUACAUAAAUCCAAAUCGUCUGCCUCUAUAUAGUACUACUUACUUGGUAGUACGUUGAUGGAAUGACUAAAAUUGGUAUUGUUUGUAUGUAUCAUACAAAAUGAUAAAAAGAUGUGUGAUAUUAAUUAUAACUGACGCUGCAGGGUGAGCGCUGGUUUGCAGGCGGAUCAGCGGUAUUUUUAAUUGUUUUGAAACUUCACAUGAUCGAAUAAAUUCCAUUGCAAACGAACGACGCGGUUUGACAAAUAUUUUACUAUUUUCUAAAUUCGAGUUUUGAAUACUGUUGAAUGUUACUUCAUCGAAGUAAACCAGCAGCUCAAAUACGUAGAAACUACAUUCGGAUUAUGUUAUUUUACCUUGCGAAAUACGCUGCUACAUGUCUCCUUCAGACUAUGUCGAAACAAACACUUUUAAAUUCAUAACGGAAAGGUUGAAAAUCAUGAUCCGAAUAGUAAAUCCCUACUUCCAGAGGGUUGGCUGUUUUUGAGCUGUGACCAACUACCUAUUUAUUCUAGCAAUUUGCUAAGUUAUAUUCUUUGAUGCCUUAUGAAUAUUUAACUUAUAUAUAUGUAUAUAUAUACACGUACACAAUAUGUAUAUAUAUACAUCUAUAUAUAUAUAUAUAUAUAUAUAUAUAUACACACACAUACAUGCGAAUGAAUAUAAACAUAAACAAUAAAUUCAAAAAAAAAAGCAGAAUAUCAUAUAAUAUGUAACAGUGAAUGUGUGAAGAAAAUGAACGUUAUAUUACAGUCUCUAAUAUAAACGGUUCAGUUUUCUUUGAUAUUUAGACUCUAUAUAUACGUAAAUACGAAUUCUACGCAGCAAAUUAUUCUCAUUUCCUUUUGAAACAAAACAUUUUUUAGCCAUUUUUUGUCGUUUAUCGAAUACACGGAACAAAAAAAGUUUCUUGACGCAUAAAAAGUAUUAAUAUUUCAUACGUUCACUGAUUGAUGUCAGUGAAUCAGUGGAAUAAAUAAAUUCGUUGUCGGGUUGUUCUCUUGUAAAUUCUGCAGACUCGCUGACUUCAAAUGCACGCAGUCACUGUAACAUACUUAUAUGUGAAUUUAUGAUGUGUAGAAAACAUUAAAGCAAAACUACACAGGACUAUAUGUCGUAUGAAAUGGUAUAUUAAACCUUCAAUCCUUGCUUUCAAGUCCUGCCACUUAAUCCCGAUAUACGCAUGUUUUUACAUACUUCCAAAUUUCACGUAAUCACCUCAUUCAUAUAAUGUUUAACACGCUCCUUCGACAAUAUUCAAAUUAUCGACACUUGCCGAAAAUUGUGUUUGACCUAGUUUUCUUUUUUUUCGUUAAUUUGCUUUCCAUUUGUCUUUGGCAUGAUUUUUUUUAUUUCUAUUUACAAGAACAAACGAACCGGAAUCGACUUGCAAAAAUUAUUUUACGCUACUCACACCGCGUCGAUAUUUUCGUUGGAAAUAACGUAAAAGCAAAUUGUCAUUAUGAAUUUACGUGUUCGACCCCUGCAUACACUUUCCUUUCCCUGGGACUUUGGCGAAUCAUUAUAUAAUCAUCACAUUGAAAGUUUUUCGCCGUUAUAUAUGUUUAAAAGUUUCAAGUGCAUGUCAUUUUUAAUGAACAAUUGACUCAAAUAGUAUUUCGAGAAAGAAAAUUUUAUGAACAGCCUCUGCACUUAUGUUGUAUGUUACAUAAUUAAAUGUGCAAACAAUGAACCCUUUGGAAGACAUGAUUGUCUUGUCACAUUGUUGUGAAAAUACUUGUAUUGCGUGAUACGAUUUCUAAUACAUUUGCAACGAGCGUUUUAAUGUUCAAAGUUUCUAAAGCUGACAAGAUUUUUCUUUACAUAGACAAUGACAAACGCGGGUUUAUACAUCUACGGUAAUUUAGUAUUAUUAUCAUAGUAAUAUUUUACCAUAGAAAUAAAAGAAAACCAUAAAAAUAAAAGUAACAGUUAUCGGUACAUGUUAAUACUGACCCCAUUGUCUCUUGUA